AUGUCUUUUUCAAAAAGAUUAUUCGUUUCUGGAGCAGAUUCGUCCAUACUACAGACCAUAUUACCAUACUCCUUUGGCUUCUUUUACCUUGAUUCGAGCGAAGAAGAAAGAAAUGCCCUGGAAAAUAACUUUAAUUCGCUAAUGAACCAAGCAAUUACAUAUAACGAGGACAAAAAUGAAAAGAACCAAAAGAUUUUGGAGUCUUUUUCUCAAAUUGACCAAGAAAUUUCUGAAUUUUUUUCAAAAGACUCUCCUCCCUUCAAAUUAUUGACAAUUCUGCUCAAAACAUACUGUAUAUAUAAUCCUAAGGACGGAUACUUGCACGGUAUGGCCAAUAUCCUGCUUCCUUUAGUUUUAUUGUAUUUUCCUGAUUUAAAUUUCGAAAAUUCUGAACAUUUUCUGCCAUUAAUAUUCUGGAGCUUCACUGCAAUGCUGUUUAACACCGAACACAUCAAGAUUCUUCAAAAUCCGGAAGAAAAUUGUCAGAAAAUUUCAGAAAAAAUCAGAAAUAUCAUUGAAAAUACAGCACCAUUGACAUUUUUAUGGUUGAAAUUGAAUGGAAUUCAAGAUUUGACCUUUUUAUUUAAUGAUUUUAUUUAUUUGUUUAGUAAUUCACUUCAGAAACAGACAGAACUGCUGAUUCAGGUAUGGAUAAUGUUCAAUCGCAGUCCUUCUCCUCAAAAUUGGAUUGUUUACUUCUCUGCUGCGAUUUUAUUGAAAUUAUUUGACAAAUUCUGUCAAUACAACCCUACUUUGCUUCGACAGAUACUUCCUAAGCUCAUAUCUGAGAUCAAACUCGAAGAAAUCUCACGGUUAUCGCUGUAUUUAUAUGAAAAAUCCCCUCCAAUGUUUGGAAAUUUUUCAAAAUUACCGAAAAAGAUCAGCGAAAGUCCAGAUACAGGCGACGAUACACAACUAGAUCCUACAAAAGCAUCAACCUACAUAAUUCCAACCCAUUACGAUAGAGAUCUCCGCAGAUCUAAUCCAAAUCAGAUCGGAUUCAUGUUUACUCCGCUUCCUAAAGGCAUAAUUGCACCUCCUCAAGCGAGAAUGCCUGGAGAUAACAUACCAAGAUGCGGAUAUUGCGCUGCUUUUGUCAACAAAUACACUGUUUUUGAUAAAAAAGGGUUUUGUUGCAACAUUUGUGGGUCAAACAAUAUACUAGACACAAAAGUCGACCUAAAUAGCGUAGAAUUGAACUAUGAAGUAUAUGAUUCUUACUUACAAAACAAGUAUUUGAUUAGAAAAUCUUUCAUUCCUACGGAAUUCACAAUUAUUUCAAUGAGUCUUUUCAAAAAGUUCCCAUAUAUUUUAGAUGAUUUACUUAAAUGUUAUAGAAAAGUUGCAAAUAAUAGACAGAUUGGACUUGCAAUAAUAAAUGGUGGUCUAACUUGUCUUUUGUUUAGACCAUCUUUAUCGAUACAGACAUUUCCUGAUGAAAUACCGGAAAUACCACUGUACCAGAUAUUUACAGGUAUUCCAUAUUUCACACAGACGUUUUCGGUCAUCAAAGAGAAAAUUUAUAAUCUUCCUCAAAUACAUUCGAAUAAUGGUGCCGAAAAUGUCAUUAAAUUCGCUUUCCAGAUAGGUUCAAGGUACGGAUCAAGCGUAAAACUGUUCUUUGAUGAACAAGAUUACAAUAUUAUUAAUAAUCACAAGACAUAUAAAGAUAUUUGCAUGCCAGUAACUGAAUCCUGUUGCGAGAUAUCAUUCCAAGUGUUUCCAAAUGAUGUUUCUCCGUUAGAAAUUGAUGAAAAUCCAUCUCCAAAAAUUUCUUCUCAAAAUUUGAAUGGAAAAAUACCAAACUUUACAUCGGAAACAAUAAAUGAUAUUUUCCCAUCGGAGACAGAGAAUAAACCAGUUUUAGAUUACAAAACCGAAGAAGAAGAAACAAAUAAUUUAUCCAAAUCUAAAACAUUGGUAGAAAUUGCUGCAAUCACAGGAGGAACCUUCUCCAUACUCAGGAAGCCAGAUUUCGAGUACAUAAACAGUUACACGCUCCAUGAUUCCUUCAUUUACGCGAAAGGUCCAGGAGGAACAGGAUUAACUGAUUAUGCAGGCGAAGGAUUCCUUAAGAAUGCUAAAGGAAUAUGUUGCGCAAAAAUUGGUGUCAAUCAGACCUUCUUUUUGACAUAUCCGGCGAAAAAUAUGACAACAAAGUACCUCCAAAUUGCUUUGUUUUACACUACUGAAGUAUGUUCAAGGAAAGUUCGUGUUUUCAACUUGAAACUGGAUAAUAAUUGUCAAUACAACGAAGGUGUGAUUGAUAAAUAUGUUUGCGCAAUGGUUUCUAAUAGUUUGAUCGUAGAAAGCAAAGAAAGUGCUGAGAAACUUUACAAUGAAUACAAAAACAAAUUUAAAGAUGUAAAUUUGUUUUUGACAGAAAAUCUUUUGAAAACAAAAUCUCCUGAAAUCUACGAGAAGGCAAUUUCGUAUAGAGAUGGAUACACACUACAUGCAAAAGCUGAUCCUCUUUCAGAUGAAAUCGUUUCUGUUUAA